GUGGCGCGCCCAAACGUAGCGGACGUCGCCCCGAGACGCGUGACGUGUGUGCAUGCGUGCGCGCUCCCGAGCGGAGGGAAGAUGGCGGAUGUUUGGAGUGAGGCGCUUGAUGAGAGCAGCUGAUAAAGAGAAACACAAACAGCAGCAGAAGAGCAGAAGAAGCGCGCGGGGGAGAGACGGACAGAGACACCGGCAGACAGAUCCGCAGACGGUGAGGACAGCCGCGCGGUCGCCAUGGAGACGGAGGAGGUGCAGCCGGGCGUGCGCAGCAUGGGCGAGCUCCCCGAGGAGGUGCUGGAGUACAUCCUGUCCUUCCUGUCGCCCUACCAGGAGCACAAGACGGCCGCGCUGGUCUGCAAGCAGUGGUACCGCCUCAUCAAAGGUGUGGCGUAUCAGUGUUAUCAUGGUUUCCUGAGGGCCGUUCAGGAGGGAAACAUCCAGUGGGAGAGUCGCACGUAUCCAUAUCCUGGAACACCGAUAACACAACGCUUCUCACACAGUGCGUGUUACUACGACUCGAAUCAGUCGAUGUACGUGUUCGGCGGCUGCACUCAGAGCAGCUGUAAUGCAGCGUUUAAUGAUCUGUGGCGUCUGGAUCUCAACAGCAAGGAGUGGAUCCGGCCGCUGGCGUCAGGCUCGUAUCCGUCUCCUAAAGCGGGAGCUACACUGGUCCUGUACAGGGAUCUGCUGGUGCUGUUCGGCGGCUGGACGCGGCCCAGUCCAUACCCCCUGCACCAGCCCGAGCGCUUCUUCGACGAGAUACACACCUACUCGCCCUCCAAGAACUGGUGGAACUGCAUCGUGACGACUCACGGGCCGCCACCGAUGGCGGGACACUCGUCCUCCGUGAUGGGCAGCACUAUGGUGGUGUUCGGAGGCUCUCUGGGCGCGCGGCAGAUGAGUAACGAGGUCUGGCUUCUGGAUCUGGAGCAGUGGUGCUGGUCCAAACCAGCCGUCAGCGGCCCGUGUCCUCACCCUCGCGGGGGACAGUCUCAGAUCGUGAUCGACAGCGAGACGCUGCUGAUUCUGGGCGGCUGCGGUGGGCCGAACGCUCUGCUGAAGGAUGCGUGGCUGCUGCACAUGAGCGCCUCCCCCUGGACGUGGCAGCAGCUGCGUGUGGAGAACGAGGAUCACGGCGCUCCGGAGCUCUGGUGUCAUCCGGCCUGCAAGGUGAGCCACACGCCGAGCCUUUCAGAUGGUCACUUCCAGAGAUAUCCUGACAGCCCACCGCUGCUCAACGGCUCGUCUCCCUCCCCGCGCACCAGCCCCGUCCAGGCGGCGUCUCCACCCACUCGCCCGCAGGCGGAGUACAGCUGGGACGGGUCACCCUCCACAGAACCUCCCGCUUCCAACGGGCUGCACACGCCUCCACAGCCCAGCUCACCGCACACCCCUCCGGGUGCCGUUUCUCCCGCCGCUCUGCGCCGCGGUUUGAGAGGAUUGGUCCAAGAUCUAUCGUCACUGCAAUACUCUUCUCCGCUGUCCCAGCCGGGCACAUCGGCCUCCGCCGGCACGCCUCCGCUCAUCCAGCCACCGAAGGCCGACGAUGGACCGCCCCAUCCCCCCAUCGCCCGCGCCUCGCCGCACCCGCCCGCAGAGGCCUGAAACGGUGGGCAGCGCUCUAACAGUUCGCUCACUGAAGGCCCAUGCAGAUGCUACAUGCUGGACAUUGUCGUUGCAAAGUCGGGCGGCAUGGUGUCGUGGCGGGCGUACGUGGGCGGCGGCAGACCCAGCGCCAUAUAUGUAUUUCAGUGUAUGGGACAAAAAGCAGAAGUUUAA